AUGUGUCUACUCGCUGUCCCGAUCACGCAGGAGAAUGUCAUUCGUGCCGGUUUCGGUACCUGGCCAGCCUUCUUUGCAGACCCUAUUCAACAUCGACUAGCAAGCCAGUGCUUGCUGUCUCUCAGUCGCGUUUACUUUGCUCGUCAUCAUGGCAGUCCGGAACUUAUCAACCAAGGCACAGCGCUGUAUGUGAAGUCUCUGAAGACACUACAUUCCGCUCUCGGCGAUGUGAAGGUUCGUACUGCCGAUGAUACGCUGUUCGCCGUCAUGAUUCUCGGUCUCUACGAGAUGCUCGAGCUCUCUAGCACUGAUGGGUGGAUUGCGCAUGCCCUCGGGCUAGGCAAAGUCAUCGAGACGCGAGGCGCCAAGUCUUUUGAUGGUCCCGAGCAAAGGAUACUCUUUGAGUGCAACAGAUUCAUCAUCAUUCUUGCUUCACUUGCCGGCAACAAGGCGACCUUCCUCUCUCUGAAUGAAUGGAAAACCGAGCCGUGGGCGAGCGCACCCGAAAGCAAGGGUCUGCUGCACUACCUUCUCGAUCUCUUCGCGGACCUUGCCACUUUGAAAGCGGAGACGUUGAAAAGCUCGACUACGACACAGCUCGGUGUCCGUAGUCAGAUCUCGCGAGUGAUGGCAGAUCUUCUGGAGUGGAGAGCGGCGUGGGACAUCAUAAAUUCUCGAGAAGUACUGGAGGUCCCGAAUCCCACCAUUGAUGACCAAGCCGUCCUUCCCACGGUGCUGCAGUUCAAUUCGAUCCACAUAGCCAAUGACAUGUGCCUCUAUGAUGCCUGCUUCGUCCAAGCAUUCCGGGUCCUGAAGUGGGCUGGAGGCGCAAACGACGCUGCAUACUUUGCACUCAACGAGCGAGCUGCCCUGGAGAUCUGCCAAACCAUCGACUAUCUCCAGCACAGCGCACCCUGGAUGACGGCACAAUUCCUGGUGCUCUUCCCGCUCCGUAUGGCGUUUCUGGCUGUGGAGCACUCACCGUCGCCCCUGAGGACCUGGGUGGAGAGGAAGCUGACGAUGUUCACGACCUCUCAGCAGGGCUGGGGCGUUGCAAAGAAGCUCCAUUACUAUGGCAGCAAAUGA